AUGGCUGAAGUCAGUGGCGGUGGAGGUGGCGAUAAUGGUGGAGAUGGCGGUGAAUGUAGUGGAGGCGGCGAUGAAAGUAGUGGUGGUAGUGGUAGUGGUGGCAGUGGCGGUAAUGGUGGCGGUAGAAGGCAAUGGAGGUGGCGCUGGCCUAAAGUGGUGGCGGCAGAAAUUGGUGGUGGUGGUAGCGAUGGUGGAGGUGACGGUGUGGAAGGUAAUAGAGGGAGCGGUAGUGUGGUGGUUGAAGGCGGUAACAAUGAUGGUGGUGGCAGUGACGGUGGUGGAAGGCAAUGGAGGUGA